CCACCUUUCCCUUCGCCCGCAAACUUCUCCUGUUCUCCACCCCGCACCCGCCCCAAACUCCCACAACAUUUCCUCAAGCGAUUUCUUCUAGAAACCUGGAUCAAUCCAAUCUUUCAGUCGCACAUUCAACGGGAUCUCUCCGCAGUUCAGUUCGAAUGGAAGAGGGAACCACGGAAUCCGGAUCAUUCUCCCGCUCCUCCUCCUUCGGAGGGUUCGAGGAGUGGGUGGCACUGGUGAGGAAGCGCAAUGGGAAGACCUCCUCAUGCGGGCGUCUGGCUAUCCGGUCAUCCGCCAGUUCAGAAGUACUGGAACUUGCAGAUCCUGAUAGCAAUGCCAUUGACCCUGGCCCUUGUGACCAAGUUCCUGAAGCUAGGCUUUGGGAGAGGCUUGGUAGGGUUUCCAUGAUGGAUAUCGAGUCAAGUAACUUCAGCUGGAGUUCUCUCACCUCACUGCAUCAUACUAAACAUACGGCUACAAGUACUGACCCCUCUGAGGAUGACAAUAACAGAAGUUUUGAGGUGACAGUAAAUUCUGGGGGUGUUGUUUUUAUUGCAUUAUUCAGAACUGCUGAAAAUGUGGACCUUCCAUCCAAGGAAGCAGCUGCAGUCAUCAAAAUAGCACCUUCAAGGAUGGCCACACAGUCUGAACGCUUUGGGUAUGAACUCGCUAAGUGGCUUGGAGUGAGAACUCCUCAAGGCAGAGUCAUUCAUAACUCGUCACCUGAAUGGCAACAAAUCAAGGAUGCAGUCGAAAAUGCUCGACAUGUGUCAAUAACUGCUGGUGAUGAACUUGAGGAGAUGAUCUGCGCUGAGAUGCUAGAAGCUCUUGAAUUGAGCCGCUGCCUAUUCCUGAUGAAUUAUGUACAUGGCUCCCCUCUGCUUGAGAAUACAGUACCAUUCGAGUCACGGGAAGCUGCUGAGAAAACUGCUGCAGCAUUAGGUAGGGUCUUAGUACUGGACCUAGUAUUGAGAAAUGAGGAUAGAUUGCGAUGCCGUCCCCUUGGUUGGCGUGGAAAUUAUGCAAAUCUACUUGUCGCCAACAAGGAAGCUUAUGCAAACCUUGACUCACUAGAUGAUGUUUAUGAUUCUGCUAUCAUCCGAUACAAGCCAGAGAUCAUCAGAAGCCCUCAGAAUCAGAAGCAGAGAAGAACUGUUUCCAUUAGUGGCAGUAUUGGCUCAGAUGUCUCAGACCUCAUAUUGGAGGACUCUUAUGCUCCUUGUGAACCUGAGUUUUCCAGCUUUAAUAUUGUAGCCAUUGAUUCAGGUGUACCACGCAGGCCACCUGCCGGUAAACGGGCAAAAGAUCACGAGAGCUACCCGAAACUAGUGGAAUUAACACUCAACAACUUUGACUAUUCUUCCAAACUUUUGUUUGAGGUGUCCUUUGGAAAACUUGGUAUCCCAGGACCUGAAGAAUUUGGCAUAUCAUCUGAUUAUAUUUAUAAUUGUACUCUCUCUGAGAGUGAUAUGGUAGCAACAGUGCACUCAUUCCGAGGAGGUUUUCGUAGUGCUCUAAGGGACCUUCAGCGAUUCCACAUUUUUCUCAUCACACUCUAUCAGAAGCUGGAUAAUCUAUUGAAAAUUUUCUUCAAUCUUAUGUAUAAAUGCUCCAAUGAAUAUGACAAGGAGGAUGCUGGUGCCUCUGAUUCACCAUUGUGUUCAGUUGAGGCACAAGCAGAUUCAAAUGAUACUGAGGUUCCAAGGAAUCCGCGUAAGCCUUCACGUACCUUGUCCCGUGACGGUCUAGACCUAUCAUCUCCUUCCUGUCGUGAGAGCUUUAUCACCAAACAUUUCAAAGGAAAUGGUGAUGCAUCUCGUGGUCUUCGAUUGACAGUGAAGCUGCGGGAUUUUAACAAGUAUGCCAAGGUAGAUAGCGAACUAAGCAAAGAGAUAGAACAAUGGAAUGACAUGCUGAGGACUGAAGUAGUAAAGUUAUGUCAAGACAACAGUUUUAAUACUGGCUUUUUUGAAGGCACCGAUAAUAGCACUGCUGUUGAUGCUUAUGAGUUGAAGGUUCGACUUGAGCACAUUCUUGAGAGGAUUUCUUUAAUUUCUGAUGCUGCAAGCACUGAGCGUCCAUCACAGGUCACGGAUUCCCUGUAUAUUGGUGGUGCUUUAGCUGCUCGGUCAACACACACACUUAAGCACCUUGGCAUCACCCAUAUAUUGUGCUUAUGUGCAAAUGAAAUUGGACAGUCGGAAUCUCAGAAGCCAGGCCUUUUUGACUAUAGGAAUUUCUCCAUAAAAGAUGAUGACAAUGCAGACAUCGGUGAUGUCUUUCAAGAUGCUUCUGAUUUCAUCGAUUAUGUGGAUCACCUAAGCGGCAAAGUACUUGUGCAUUGCUUUGAGGGAAAAAGUCGCAGUGCAACUGUUGUUCUUGCUUACCUGAUGCUGAGGAAAAAUUCCACUCUUCUGGAAGCAUGGAACAUGCUGAAGAAGGUGCACCGACGUGCACACCCCAAUGAUGGGUUUGCCAAGGUCUUGUUGGAUCUUGACAAGAAACUGCAUGGGAAAGUCUCCAUGGAAUGGCAGCAUAAGAGGCCUGCAAUGAAGGUGUGUCCCAUCUGUGGCAAGAAUGCUGGUCUCAGCAGCAGCUCAUUGAAGCUCCACCUGCAGAAGGCACACAAGAAGAUAUCCUCUGGGAGUGUGGACAGUGCAAUGACUUUGGAGAUACAGAAAGCAUUAGAGGCGAUCAAGGCUGGUCGAGGCGGCGGUGACAGCCCAACGCAGAAAUCACAAUCACACAUAGAAAGAUUUUGAUGCUUUGUCUGAAGUUCCUCAUGAAUGAGGCAUUACCGCAUCCAGUGAGGUUUGCGAUGAGUGGCCAUUUUCAGAAGAAAUUGUUCUGCGCCUAAAUUUUUGGCAUGUGUAAGUAGCACUUCUUCUCGAAUAUCUGACUUUUUUAUAUGGUUCAUGUGCUUGGAUUAGGAAGAGAUGUCCAUACAAUGAAUGGUUCUACUGUUGUAAAGUUGUGCAAUUUUCAUUCUGAAGGACAAGUGCUUGAGAUGAACAUUCAUAAACUCUUUUG